AUGAGCCCAGUGAUGAAUUUUCCGAGAAGCUCACCUCUGACAGGCUUUGUGACUUCCAAGUUCGAUCCUCAGAACCUCCAAACUCACCCGAGCCUUCGCAUCACAACCACCCUCCCUGCGCAAUUCGACGCCCACAGCAACCACAUCCAUCUACCGAACCACUACAAAGCCACAGCCACAAUGGUCCAACUUGUCGAGGUCGAAGACGAGCACUUCCAGGAGCACCAGCCCGGUCCCGAGGAAGACGCUGAUUUCACCGAUACAGUAGCCUCUUCAGACUCCGAGAUCUCUGACGACUCUGACUACGACCCGAUCGACGAGUCCUUCACCGAGCGCCUGUACGCGCUCCGCGACAUAGUCCCGCCCCAGACCCGCGGCUACAUCGCGGGCAAGUUCAGCACGGCUGGCAACGCCGUCAAGACCGUCCUAUCCUUCAGUGGCAAGACGCUGUGGGUCGUCAGCAGCUCCGCGCUGCUGCUCGGCGUGCCCUGGGCCCUGGCCUGGGCCGAGGAGCAGCAGGUCCUCGAGAUGGAGAAGGAGAUGAAGAUGCGAGAGAUGGGCGGCGAGCUCCUUACUGCUGGUGGCGCACCGGGCAGCCAGGGCUCCGCGACGGCUGAGCAGAUCGGUGCUGCGCUCGGCAGGGAGGCCAAGCCUUCUCUAUAA